GAGGGUUGAAGGCAGGUGUGUACUGGGGACAUUGGUUGGUGGUGGAGAAUGUGCACUGGUGGAGGGAUGGGUGUUCGAUCAUUGUAUGACUGAAACUCAGACAUGAAAGUUUCGUAACUGUAUCUCAUGGUGAUUCAAUUAAAAAAAAAAGCUGUGCUGAAUUAAAGAGAUGUAGCAUUUGAGAACAGUUUAAAAUAUGGGUGCUUGGCUUGCACAGAGCCCGUUCUGGUUCCAUCCCCAGCAAUUCCUAAUGUUCUCUCGAGUACUCCUGAGCACAGUCAGGAGUAAGUCCUGGGCACAGCGCGCGCGGCCCAACACUUCUCCGGCCUGUAUAUGUAUAUGUGUAUGUGCAUGUGUGUACAUAUAUGUGUUUGGACGUAAGUGUAUCUACAUUGCUUAACUUAGUUCUCACUCAUUCCUAUUAUUUUCCCAGUCAUUUAACAAAAAGAGAACUAGGAAAACAAAGCAAUUACUAAGGACAAGGACAAUUACUAAUUGAUGAAUGAAAGAGCUGAGACCACCCUUAGGAAAGUUUUGAGGUGUGGGAGUGCCUCACCACGUUCUUUCUGCCCCCUCCUCCGCCCCGCCAACGCCCGCCCCUCCACCUCUCCAGCCUGUCGAGGGCGGCCUGCGGGCGCUCUCUGUCCCUCAGUCCCAGACCCCUCUGCCCGGCUGCCGCUUUUCUGCUCUUCGCUUGCCCUGCCUGCGCUGGCCGCGAUGACUGACAGCCGCAGUGUCUCCCCUUGAGCGGUGGCGCCCGUCGCGUCUUUGUUUGCAACACCGCUGAGCCUGAGAACGAAGGAGGGGGGCCGCUGACUGUAUUAGUAAGGUUUUAAAACAAACGAUUUCCUAAUAUGUAUCUAUUUCAUGCAGCGUGAAACUUCCGUUAGCAAAGCCCUCAGCGCUGCGCCUUUCUUUCUGCUGUCUCCCACCCACCGUGCCCGGGCCUGACUCCCACCAUCCUUCCCUCCAAGCCCAGACAGAGCAGCCGAGCAGACAAAACAGCCAGGGCCGCGGGUGGGAGGUUGUUCCACCGCUCGUGGCUGGCGUUGCAGAACGUGAAGAUUUUUCCCAUUCAUAAAAAUUAGCAUCCCUGCCCGCGGACUCCCCACACAGCCCAACCGCGUGGGACCCGGGUGCUCGGUUCCCGGGCGGGCAAGGGGGCCCAGGUCGCUGGUUUUCUCGACGCUUCUCCAGGGAGUCUUCACACAGACUGGCAUCGGUGCUCAGGAACCCUCUUGUUUGAAAUGAAGAAUCAAAAUGGCCCGUGGUUCAAUCCACAAAUAAAACCUCACCCUUUGACUUCAGGCUGUCCGACAUUUUGUGACUCCCGUUUUUAAUUCUUUUUUGGGUUCUAUCAUAGAAUUAGGGAGGAGCUGUCAAAUCAUACUAUCCGUCCGUUUAUAAACAAGCGGUAUUUUAGGCUGCCGGUUUUAUAGUGGUGGGUGGGGGCGCGGGAGGGGGCAGGGGAAGCAGCGGCAGGAAGGGCGGAGCGGGGGGGGGGGUUUGGUAUUGCACUAAUUCAAGACGCAGUCGCCUUCGAAAUAAUCAAUUGUUAUUAACAAUGAUCCUCUGCGAAGCGCUUAAAAUUGCCCCUUGACUCCCCUAGCAGCAAGCGGCGAGCCCUUAUUCGCUGAGCUGUCGCCGCCUCCCCCGCCCGCCCCACUACUCUCUGCUCUGGAAAUUACAACUCCGCGGCGCCGGGAGCCGGGAGGCGGGGACGGGAGGAAGGAGGGAGGCCGGGAGGGGAUUCCCGAGCCAGCCCGGCGCUUUGCCCUCCGCCAGCCGGCUGCAGCGUCGCGCGGCCAAGGUCAGCGGCGCCCGCCCGAGCAGUAGCUGCUCAACAGAGGAAUCGGAUCCAUCCCGACCUCGUGAAGAGAGCCCCAGGGCGCCAUCGGCCCUAAGACAACAGCUGCCGGGGGAGGGGGGCGAGCGAGGGUCUCCAAGCAGGCGCAUUCCGGCCCGACGAGUCGCGAGCACCCGGGCCCGGCAGGUGGCGGCGCAACUGCGAGCAACCAGGGGAGCCCCGGGCUCGUCCACCGUCCGCCCCACGGGCGCUGUCCGCCGCCUCGCGGUGCUGAUACCCCGCCCUGGAGCCAAGCGGCCUGCACAUCCGCCUUUUCACCGUCGCUCGCCCCGAUCAGGGCGGGGCAGGGCCUAAAAUGGGCAGUUGCUCAGUCUAGGACACGGGUUAAAACCCGAGAGCUGGCGAACAGCAGCCCGUCCGCAGGUUCGGAUGUGAAGAGGAGGCGCGCGCGCUGCAGCCAGCGGCGGCGCUCGUGCUGAUUCAUCACCCAAAGCGCCUCGCAGGCCAUCGCGAGGGCAGCCGACCGGCCUCGGACCGUAGCCGCAAGUUGAAGCCGCUGGUGCAGGAGGCUUGCGGGCAGAAGGUGAGGACUCCCUCCCGUUUCUGGCCCCCCCACCCCCCGAUCUUCUUAGGGCUGUAGCCUCCAGACAGAGAGGGGCGUGCCCCUGGGUUGCGAUGAAAUAGUCCUGCCCAUGUGAUGACUCUCCCUUCCCUUCCACCCGUGCGAGCUGAUUCUCCGCUUGUCUCCGGAGCUUGUGCCAUUCCACCCUGCGUCCUGAGCAGCUUGGACUGCCCGCGUCGAGAUGGAGGAAGAGCUGAAGUGCCCGGUGUGUGGCUCUCUGUUUCGGGAACCCAUCAUCCUGCCCUGUUCCCACAAUGUCUGCCUGCCUUGCGCUCGCACCAUCGCAGUGCAGACCCCGGACAGUGAGCAUUUGCCUCAGCCGCUCCUGCAUUCCCGGGUGUCUGGGCUGCAAACGGGCGCCGCCGCCGCCGCCGCCGCCGCACCCCCUCUUGACCACGACGCGGUUGCUGCCCCUUCCUGCAGCGGAGGGGUCGCGAGCUCAGCUGGCGGCCUGGGCAGUACUGCGGGAGGUGGUGGGGAUCACGUCGACAAGCUGAGUCUAUACAGCGAGACAGACAGCGGUUACGGCUCCUACACUCCGAGUCUCAAGUCCCCCAACGGAGUCCGCGUGUUGCCCAUGGUGCCCGCGCCACCGGGCUCCUCGGCCGCCGCGGCUCGGGGUGCCGCCUGCUCCUCACUGUUGUCGUCCUCCUCAAGCUCCAUCACGUGCCCGCAGUGUCACCGCAGCGCCUCGCUGGACCACCGCGGCCUGCGUGGCUUCCAGCGCAACCGGCUUCUCGAGGCCAUCGUGCAGCGGUACCAGCAGGGCCGCGGGGCCGUGCAGGGGGCAUCGGCUGCGGUCGCAGUAGCCAUCUGUCAGUUGUGCGACCGAACCCCACCCGAGCCGGCUGCCACACUCUGUGAGCAGUGCGAUGUGCUCUACUGCGCUGCUUGCCAGCUAAAGUGCCAUCCGUCCCGGGGGCCCUUCGCUAAGCAUCGCCUGGUGCAGCCGCCGCCGCCGCCGCCCGCGCCUGCUGAGGCCGCCUCUGUGUCCCCUGGUGCUGCCCAGGGCGCCCCAAGCGGAAGCAGCGGCUGCAAAAGCCCCGGGGGCGCGGGGGCCAGCGCGACGGGGGCUAGUUCACCCCGCAAGUUUCCUUCAUGCCCCGAACAUGAGAUGGAGAACUACAGCAUGUAUUGCGUGAGCUGCAGAACCCCAGUCUGCUAUGUGUGCCUGGAGGAGGGUCGACACGGCAAGCACGAGGUGAAGCCGCUGGGGGCCAUGUGGAAACAGCACAAGGCCCAAUUAUCUCAGGCCUUGAAUGGAGUAUCUGAUAAGGCAAAAGAAGCAAAGGAGUUUCUGGUUCAGCUUAAGAACAUUCUGCAGCAGAUCCAGGAAAAUGGACUAGACUAUGAAGCCUGCUUGGUGGCUCAGUGUGACGCACUGGUGGAUGCUUUAACUCGACAGAAAGCCAAGCUGCUUACCAAGGUUACUAAAGAGAGGGAACACAAGCUGAAGAUGGUUUGGGACCAGAUCAAUCACUGCACAUUGAAGCUGCGCCAGUCGACAGGACUGAUGGAGUACUGUCUGGAGGUGAUCAAGGAAAAUGAUCCCUCUGGAUUUCUACAGAUCUCGGAUGCUCUGAUCAAGCGUGUCCAGGUGUCUCAGGAGCAGUGGGUCAAAGGUGCCCUGGAGCCCAAAGUAUCUGCAGAGUUUGACCUGACCUUGGACAGCGAGCCGUUGCUUCAGGCAAUCCACCAACUGGACUUCAUUCAGAUGAAAUGUAGGGUGCCACCGGGCCCCCUGCUGCAGCUGGAGAAAUGCUGCACACGGAAUAACAGUGUCACGCUGGCCUGGAGGAUGCCGCCUUUCACCCACAGCCCUGUGGACGGCUACAUCCUGGAGCUUGAUGACGGCGAUGGGGGGCAGUUCCGGGAAGUGUACGUUGGCAAGGAGACGCUCUGCACCAUUGACGGGCUGCAUUUCAACAGCACCUACAAUGCCAGGGUCAAGGCUUUCAACUCGUCUGGAGUUGGACCCUAUAGUAAAACUGUCGUCCUGCAGACAUCUGACGUGGCCUGGUUCACAUUUGACCCCAACUCUGGGCACCGGGACAUCAUUUUAUCCAAUGACAACCAGACAGCCACGUGCAGCAGCUAUGAUGACCGGGUUGUGCUCGGCACAGCUGCAUUCUCCAAGGGCGUGCAUUAUUGGGAGUUGCACGUGGAUCGGUACGACAACCACCCAGACCCUGCCUUCGGGGUGGCCCGAGCCAGCGUAGUCAAGGACAUGAUGCUGGGCAAGGAUGACAAGGCCUGGGCCAUGUAUGUGGACAACAACCGCAGCUGGUUCAUGCACUGCAACUCCCACACCAACAGGACAGAAGGUGGAGUGUGCAAGGGGGCAACUGUGGGUGUGCUGCUGGACCUGAAUAAGCACACACUGACCUUCUUCAUCAACGGGCAGCAGCAGGGCCCAACAGCUUUCAGCCACGUGGACGGGGUCUUCAUGCCGGCUCUCAGCCUCAACAGAAACGUGCAGGUAACCCUGCACACAGGAUUGGACGUGCCAACGAGUCUGGGGAGGCCAAAACUCUCCGGUAACUAGCCUCCCAGCUUCAGCCCUGCCAUCCCUUGCUGCAACUCAAACAACUCACGAGGGCAGAACCCAAUCAUGGGUGCAACCCAGCGGCCACUUGUAUCUGAGACAUGUUUCUUGUCUGUGUGUGUGGAGGCCGGGGAGGGUGCAGACAGGGUCUGCAGCUUGGAUUUGUGGAGAUGACUCUCAAGGGUGAACGUUGGGUGUGUGUCUCACUUUGAUCCACCUGGAAGCUACAGCUACAAAAAGGGACUUUUCUUGUGGGAGUGAGAAAGCAAUCAGUAUUUACAAUGACUUUUCCUGUCAUCUAUCUACAAAGUCUGAUUUCUAGGAGGAGAGGAGAGGAAGAUAGACCCAGAGACCUGUAUCCUGAGAAUAGGAGGCAGAGAGAGUCUUUGGAAUCCCAUGUCCCCUGUGUCAUCCCGUGGCUGGGAUGCCACUCCUUCAGAAACUCAGGUUGUGUGUCCCUAUCUUUAUCAGGAAGACAACAUUUAGUUUUGAGGUCCUGGGGCCUUCAGUGUAUUAUGUCUUAUGCAGAUCUAAGACAUGAUGGAUAUUAACCAUGAUUCUUGCUCUUUGCCUCUGUUGCUCCUUUUAGAAUGGUUUCCAGGGGUCCUUCUCUAAAGGAAGACCCUUUAGAGACCAUUCUAAUCAUUCAUGAUUAGAAUGAUUUUCCUCACCUUUCCUCUCUCUCUCUCUCUCUCUCUCUCUCUCCACAUACAUAAAUACAUACAUACAUACACACAAUGGUUUGCUAAAAUUUAUUCAUUUUUUAAACACAAAAUGCUGGAAUUUGGCUUUUUAUUUGUUUGGGGCUACUCUGGGAUCACUCCCAGCUCUGUGCUUUGUGACCACUCCCAGCUAUGCUUGAGAUAUCAUGAGAUGCCAGAGAUCGAGCCAGGGGCCUCUUAUGUACAAAAUACAUGCUUAACCCCUUGAGCUCUCUCAGGCCCCCCAAAAAAAAAAACAUUAGAAAUGUAAAGACCAUGUGGCAAGUUUUCACUUGGUGAAAACAGUUUUCUGCAACUACUUCCCAAGAGGCUAACUGCAAACUUGAGUCAUUCUGCAGCUGUGCACUUGCAGACUCCUAUACGCAUAAGACUGGAGGCCCUUGGGAAGCCCCCUGGCAUAGGUCUACUUUCCUACUGUCAUAAAAGCAAGAAAUGCCCCCAAAGCAGCAGGGGUUCAGCCAGGGCCUGGUGGGUGCAAACUCAGAGAAAGGCAUGGAGUGGAUAGCAAUAUGGUGUUCUCUGUCCCUCAGCUUUCCAGUGUGAGUCUGGGUGCCUGGGUGACAGGGCACGGCAACGGGGAGAGAGUUCUCCUCUCCUUGGUGGAAACAUUGACCUUAUCCCUUGAGAGCUGUGUUGAGUCAUUUCCAUUUCUUUUCUGGCAGUUCUGAGCCAGUUCUGAGCCUGCCCGGGUCCCCAGAGUUGUUUGCCACUUCUCCCCCACUCUCUUCUUCCUGAGUGCCUGCCACCUCCCUCUCCACCUGGUAGUAAGCCUUUCUUGCUCCUUUUUCUAAGAAUAUAUUUUAUCGAGCAAUUUAUUUUUUAGGUUGAGGAGUAACUUGUCUAUUUGCUGGAUUGGAUUUUUAUAAAAUCCCAGUCUGUAAACUGACACCAACUGUGUUUACUUGGGUUCACCUGUGCGUGUAGCUACGGCACUUGUUGUGUCACCGGUCAAGGCUGUGCAGCCCUUCCCUCAUUCAGCAGAUCUGACAAUCCUACCUCAAAGCUCAUGCUCUCGGCCCACAGGGUGGCCUUGUCCAGCUGUGUGUACAGAUGUGACCAGCUGGACACAUGUUUAGGUGUUUCUAUUUCAGCCUCUGCCACUCCUGAGAUCUUGGCAGUCAACUGCUUAGAGCAUGUCAGGGUUGGGCCUCUGUUUUUAUCACACCAAAUGGUAUCCAGGGGCACCUUUCUUAAAGAGGGGUGGCCUGUCCUGUCCUAGCUGUGCAUGACCCCGUGCAGUCAUAUGUGGGUAGCAGCCUCCUCUCUUUUCUUUCACAUGGUUUCAGCUUGGCUCCUUUGCCUUAGCUCAGCUGGGACAGCAGGGCAGACACCUAAAGUUCAUUCAUGACCAAGCAGGAUCUUGAAAGGUUGGACAGCUCCUGAAUCCUCCAAACCCGGGACCCCACUCUGCCUCAGCUCUGAAUCUUUGAAGAGGAGCAAGCAAGGUCAUCCUGGGUUGGAAGUCACCCUCUGGAGAGCCAGUAACUUUGGUAAGGAGAGAUGUGAGAACUGGAGAAGGCAAAAGUCCACAAGUUCAGGCAGUUUCUUUAAGAAGAUAGUUUCCUGAAAUUUAGAGCAAUGACCAUUCUCUUAAGAAGAUAAUUACCUGAAGUUCAGAGAAAUGACCAAGACCAUGUCCUCCAUCUUAUCCACCUGUGGGAAGCCCUGUGGGUGGAGAGCAAGCAAGGUUUUGUUUUUCAACUUCCCCAGGAGUCCAGUUGCAAUACCACUAAUCCCAGGGACCUUGUCAACUUGUCAGGCUGCCCUACUGUUUCUUCCAUCUUCAGCACAAAAUGCCUUCAGGAACAAGACUGAACCUAAGGGAGCAGGGAAGUCUGAGCAAAACACAUCUCUGAGGGAUCAGCAACAAGGAAGAACCCAACUUCUCAUGGCCUUUUGUCACCAUCCCAGAAGCCCUGGGGUUAACCUGGGAGUAUCACUGGCCAUCAAAUUCCCUUUACUUCAAAACAUGGUAACACUUUUUUGUACAUAAAAAUUGUAUCACGGUGCUGUUACAUGUUGGGGUGGCUGAGGUGUAAUUUGUAAACUAAGCAGUUUUGGUAAGAGGAAUUCAAAGUAAUUUGAAAUGACAAGUUCCAUUGCAUUGUAAAUAAUGCGUCUAAAUGUAGUUCUGCUAUUUGUUCUUUGCUAGUGAGUUUUGUCGAAAUUUAUGCCUUUCCUUUGAGAAGUAAUAUCUUUAGAAGUUAUCCAAUAAAACCUCACUGCGUAACAUUAUAACCCAUAAUUCAAAGCAAGGUAAGGCAUUGCACAUAGCCCUAUUUUUCCCUCCUCUCUCUCCUGUUUGGAAAAUGAUGCUAAAUGAAGUGGUUAUCGGUCAUCUUGGCCCACAGAGUAACUAACCUGAAAAUUAUGCAACUGUACAUAGCUCUCGGUUCCAUUAUCAGCCCUGUGUACUUGCCAUUUAGACAGUGCUCUAAGGUAUCCCAUGACCCAUCAAGGUCAUAGGGAAAGAUUUUGCCUAGUAAACCUGAGAAAAACAGGCUCACCCAGAGCAAUAGGACAGGCCAAUUCUUCUUGCUCUUGUUGCUCAGAUUUGCUCCUUAUGGUGCCAUUGCCCUUCUACCUAUCACAGUCCUCUCAGGAAAUGAUCAGAAUACAGGAUCAACGUGUAUUUCUUCCAGGGCUAUUUGCAUUUAAGCCUUAAUUCUAAAUGUUCAUGAAAGGGUUGGUCCCCUGAGGAGGCAUUUUGUAGCACAAGUGGGCACAUGGCUCAUAGAUGAAGGUACUUGUGGAACCAGAAAUACUUCUUGUGGUUGAGGUGGUGCAGGGGGAUAAGAUCCUUGGGGUCAUUAGCCAUGGGGAUGCUGAAACACCCCUGGAUAAUGUCAGGGUUUCUCAGCUUUUGACAUUUGGGGAUAAUGCUCUGAUUUGGGAGGCAGAAAGGGGAGGGUUGUCCAGGGCACUGUAGGGAGAUUCAGCAGUAACUCUGGCCUCCACCCACUAGAUGCCAGUGGCAACCCCCAAAUUUGUGAUAACAAGGAAAAGUGGCUAUAAAUAUUGCCAAAGGUCCCCCAAGGGGCACUCCUGUUAGAGACCACUAGGUUAUACAAGUGGUUUGUUAUGUGUUAUUAGGCAGAGUGAUAUGUGAGGCAUCCACUUCACACAGGCCUUUGUCUCAAUAGUCAAGAUGAGAAUUUUCCAAGUCUCUUAUAUUCUGCAGCUGGGGGGUGGAGAGGAAAGGGGUGAGCCUAGAGUCGAAGCCAAGUUGUCAGGUCCUUGCAGCCCCACUCUCCACUCCUCUCCGAGAGAGCAAAAUUUCUUACUUCCAUUUUCCUUGGCUACUUCUGACUGUAAGCCAUAGGUUGCCAGAAAUUAGAAUCAGACAUCAUUAGAAGGCAGCCAAACUCUAUGCUGAUCCUGGGUCAUCUCAGGACUUCUCUUUACCCAGUGAGCUCUUUUUAUUGAUCACAUUCCUUAGUAGUAACCCUCCCACUCCCAAGAAAGGACCCAGAAGCUUUCAUUUCAAGUGGACUGUAAAAAUAAGUAAGGAUGCAUUUGGACAAACAUAUUGAUCAGACCUCAAGUUCAGUCUUGGAAAUGCCUCUCCUUUAACCUGGCUUUGAUUUUGGUUUAGGACAUGGGUGGGGGCAAAUAUCUUAAAUCUUCUGUGCCUCAUACCCCACCAGAAGAGAGGACUAAUCAUACUAACCUACCUCCUCUGGUUACUGUGAGGACUACAAAGUAACACUUUUUAAAGAAAAUGUCUAUUUUACUGAUUGAGCCUGGCCUAUCGGUUCACUCAUCGAAUCAGAGCUGGAAGCAUAACUUUCCCUAAUCUCCUCUGACCAUAGUGUCUUCCAUUCAAGCCUUUGAAAAAUGAGAAUGUGUUUUUAUGUCACAGCUGCCUGGCUUGGAGGGGAUAUAAUUCACAUUUAAAACAGGCUCCCUAUGACAAUAGCCCUCCAAAUUCCCAUUCUCAACAAGGACUGUUUAAAUUUGUAAGAAGGGCUGUAAACAGGCUCCGUGUCAGCAUUCUCAUUUCAGUUCCAAAGGCAUCUGUGUGCAGAGGGCCCUUAAAUCCUGGAAAGAAACGAAUCCACCUUUUUUGCCUCCUUAUUUUCAGUCUUAGUUGCUAAUGGGCCCCGCCAACCCAUCGUGUCUCCUUUGUUUCCAAAGACGUCGGCAGUUUUGGAAACCAAUGUCUAAGACUAAGGUGAGAAACAACUAAAUGGCCUUUGAGAAGGCUGGGUGGGUGGACUGAAGGCCAAAGGGAUCGGUGGUCAUCACACUGCUGGCAGAGAUUCCAUCAAGAGGAAACUCCUGCCUUUCCCGAUGAUUGACAUUGACUUCAGUUAGGAGUUGGGUGUGGAAAUUAACAAGAAAGUCUCAUCUGGAGACACUGAUAUUUCCUUAAAGGACACAGGUCUUGGAGGGGUAUAAACUGCCCAAUCUAGUCUUUGAGGGGCAGGCAAGGACACUGCUUGUUCGGUCUGCCCCUCACAAAAGAUCCAAGUUUGGAAACGUGACUGCUUGUGGCCUUGCAAGCAGAGUCCGGGGUUCUUUGGGGCUAGGGGGGAAGCUUUCCUGCCUGGGGAGGGUCUUCCCAUGUCCUGUCACACUUGCUGACUGCACAUCUCAAGCCUCAGACUUCCCUACCCCAAGAGGAAGUGGAGAGUGAGCGAAGCAGAAAAAGUUAAAUGCAUGAUGUAGAAUUGCGAAUUUCACGCUAAACUGUUGUAUUAAGCAUGAAGUCUGUUGAAUGUUGGCAAAGGAAUUUUAAAAGUAACAAAAAGCUUUGUGUCAUUGUUUUGGCUGUGACAGACCUUCAUUUUCCUGCCUUUCUUUACCUAUUUUCUCCCUUCCCUCACCCCUCCCAUCAUAUCCACUGUCACUGCUUGUUGUUAUUUGGUGGCAGCUCUUGGUCCAAUUGGUGUUCAUGUUCCACUGGAAAUACGGAGGGAGGAAGAAGGGGAAGGAAAGCAACUUUUUAAUAAUUUUUGUAUUGGUAUUCACAAGCGUUUGUAUUUUUUAAAUGGCAAACACUGUGUUUCCUGGUCUUUGGGGGUUGACUAAAUUUUGUGUAUUGCCUUUUGGAAAAUCUGAGUUUUACCACCGUCUUAAGCAGAUUUGAAAUAAAUUCUUUUGACACUGCCAACAACCGAA